AUGCAACAGACUGCAAGUGUAUUCUCGAACCCCGCCUACUGCAACAAAACAGAUGUGGUUCCUGAGAAGGCUCAACUGGCCGUGAAGCUCCAUUUCCAGAAGGAGGUCUUCAGGACUCGUAUGGAAGCUACCAAGGAGAAGUCUCGAGUUGAUGACAUCCGUCGUCUGGCUAGGACAGCUUGGCCUGAGCUGGUCCACCGAGACUUCAACGUGUUCUAUGUUGAUGAUGACGGAGAUAAUUGUCCACUUAUUGAAGAGUCGUGGGCUGACUUGGUGUCGCUUGUGAGUGAGCGUCCAACCACCGAGAUUGUGAAGAGAGGCGACUACCGCAUGGACCUUUAUCUCAAGUUUUGCCGUGAAGCGCCUCCCAAAGGGGUUGAUGCAGUUCCCGUGGUCACUAUUGAUGCACCCGAUUAUAACGGAGCGUCUCCUCCGGUCUUGCCUAUGAACGAGAGAGUCAUCACCAUCCGCAAUGAAAGCGGUAGUCAGACUCCAGUCACUGUGAUGCUAUGUCCAUGCGCUCUGAUGAAGAGCUGUGUUAAGGAAGGCUUUUGUUGCGGAGCAGAGGGUAAUUCUGGGAAGACUCAGAAGUGCCCGACUGGCUCCAAUAGUCGGACAGAGACAGACUGGGUGGUUCCCGAGAAUCCCGAAGAGGAGUCGAAAGAUGAUGCAGAAGAGGCUGAGGAAGCUGCCGCGUCCGAGGAUGGUGAUGAUUGA